AUGGUGAAGACCGCGACAUACUUCACACCAAACUUCACACUUCACGAUCCUGAGCGACUUGCCAAACGCUACAUCAUCAAUAAUACCCUGAGUGGACGGUCAAAAGUCAAGUGUUUCUGCAGCGGCUGCGGGUGCACUGUAUACACGAUCCCGGCGAUUAAUGGGGAUGAGGAGAUAGUUGUAAGAACAGCUCUGAUCGAGAAUGGCCUGGACUUGUUCAAGCCCACGAUCGAGUGCUAUGUGAGAAACCGACCGAGCUAUUUCUCUGCUACCACAACGGGCAAGCAGUAUGACCUUAUGCUUUGA